AUGACUACCCAGUCCAUGCCGGCAUACGGCAUUCAGUCUAAAGACACUCAAGAACCUUCCAGCGGUGGCGAGGCCCAUGUCCUUAACAGUCCGACAGUCGGACGUCAGAGCGUUAUAGUGCCUCCCGGCUCAUACCCGAGCGCUCCUUCUUCUUCCAUUGGCAUUUUGCACGUCUUAGGUUAUACCCCCGCCGAAGGAGAACAGAACGUUCCCGUCGUCGUGAAUUUCAAUUGCACGGCUGAUCUCGCUGCCGGAUCCCACAUUCGUCUCGUUGUCGGUCGACGAGCUGUGGGUACCAAGGUCCGUGAGCUUGGACCACCUGGCCACGGCCAUUGGCAACUCGAGGCAAACGUUCCUCUGUUCUCCCGCCAUAACACUACAUCACCAAACCUACCCUUGACAAUUCAGGCCUUGGCCGAUGAUAAGACAGUACUAGACUCUGUCACAUUCGGUGAAUUCACAUACUGGGAAUUAGAGCGUGAAAAAAAUACGACCACUAUGAUGCGAAAGCACACACCUAGUCUCUCGUCAAAUAGUUCAGCCCUCACACGGACUGCACCUACCGUUGUUGCCUCACUUCCGGAGUCGUCGGAUAGGCUAAGGAGACGGUCUAAGCCAUACAGCCGUCCUUCAACCCCAGCGUCGUCUUCAGAUUCAGAAGCCGGCCAGUCACAGGUGCAAAAAUCAUUGGCGCGCCCUCAGCCACAAAUACAGGGUCUUCGGCGCAUGAGGCAAGCGAUCGAUAUCUCCGAAGACGGUGCCACUGCAAGCCUUGACAUCAUGGUCGUGCUUGACAGCUUCUGCUAUAACUGGGAUGAUUUGGAAAUGCAAGCUGGCAGGCGCCUUGUUCGCUUCUCACGUAUCCGAGACGGGAAUAAACUCCUCGUUUCGGCGGAGCGCAUCUCACCGGGCGACUAUGAUGCAAAAGACAUUGUUAUCUCAUGCAUCUAUCGUGACGAGACUGACUCAUGCUGCGUUACGUCCGUUGACAUCAUCCAUUUGCUCCAGAGGCUCGUCGCCGCAGAGUUCGUCGUUGAGGAAAAGAAUCGUAUUAGACGGAACCUCGAAGGCCUACGGCCUACCACUGUCUCAAAGUCGCGUCCAGGUUUUGAAAGUUUAUUCCAGCGCAUCAUGGAUUUCCCAGAUCCCAAACCGCGGAAGAUCGAAAAAGAUCUCAAGGUCUUCGAUUGGAAGUUGCUUCCCCAAGCAUUGGAUAAAAUUAUAUCUAAAUACACUAGUCACUAA